AUGACUACGUAUGAUGGAAAUUUGAACGUCACUAGUGUUAAAAAGAUUCAGCACCUAUUUGCCAAUAUGGAUUCAAAACUUGUUGAGCUAGCCGAAAAUAUUAAACAACGCGGGCGAGGUGGGACUCAUCCCUUAUUUAAGGAGACUGGUUUGGAAUUCACAAUGCCGAAAUUUCCCAUAGAGCGGAAAGAAAUGGCGGACCAUAUAUUGGAGCUUCAAACCAGCAUGCUCAAACCCCAAGACCAUCUUUCAAUCGAUGAUGGGAGUAUGCUAGACGGGUUCAAUGGAACUCAAUCAGAUCAAUUUGUUUUGCAAAAUUUUUCUUCAGGCGCAUUUUUACCAGAAUUUACUUCGCAGUCUUCGUCCGAUUCCCUUUCGGAUAAGUUUCGAAAAUUGCAUUCAUUUUCUCCAAUCGUUUCAAAUGGAGCAUUCUUCUGUUCCGAUGUUAAUGAAGCAUCUCUAAAAGUAAUUCUUCAUCAUAUUUAUUUGUUGUACUAUCUUAUCUGUCAUGCUUAUAUUAUUGUGGUUGAUUUCUUUCCAGCUGAUAAAACAGGAAAUUAA